AUGUGGCCACCGAGAUUGCUGAGGUGGACAUUCACCCUUCUACUGCUAGUAGCCGUUAUCGCUCCCACCACAGACUCUUCUAAUGUCCGCAGAAGACUUCGUAAGCCAAGCAAAGUCAACACAUCUGUAACCAGCAGCGUCUCCAGGUCUUCCGACCAGGUGAUAUCAGCCAGCGUGAACCGGCCCAAGGUACGAGGACGUCCCACCGUUGCCAGCCGGAAAUCAUCAGCUGCUCUAGACAACUCCGUAGCUACUGAAGACCACAGGGACAAAGAUGGAUACAAGGUCGUGUGCUAUUACACAAACUGGUCUCAAUACAGAACGAAGCUCGGAAAAUUCCUGCCAGAAGACAUUCAGCCUGAUCUCUGCACCCACAUCAUCUUCGCGUUCGGCUGGAUGAAGAAGGGAAAGCUCAGCUCCUUCGAAUCAAAUGACGAGACAAAGGAUGGAAAGACAGGGUUGUACGACCGGAUUAAUGGUCUGAAGAAGGCUAACCCCAAGUUAAAGACGUUGCUUGCUAUCGGUGGAUGGUCUUUCGGCACUCAGAAAUUCAAGGAGAUGUCAGCCACCCGUUACUCCAGACAGACGUUCAUCUACUCAGCCAUCCCGUACCUCCGGGACAGGAACUUCGAUGGGCUGGACGUGGACUGGGAGUACCCCAAGGGCGGUGAUGAUAAGAAGAACUUUGUGCUGUUUUUAAAAGAGUUGAGAGAAGCCUUCGAAGCUGAAGCCCAGGAAGUAAAGAAACCUCGUCUGCUGCUGACUGCUGCUGUACCCGUAGGACCUGACAAUAUCAAGAGUGGAUACGAUGUACCAGCAGUUGCCAGUUACUUGGACUUCAUAAACGUCAUGGCAUACGACUUCCACGGAAAAUGGGAAAGGGAAACUGGUCACAACGCUCCGCUCUACGCUCCAUCAUCAGACUCGGAGUGGAGGAAGCAGCUAUCGGUAGACCAUGCAGCUCAUCUCUGGGUUAAACUUGGUGCACCUAAGGAGAAGCUUAUUAUAGGUAUGCCAACUUACGGGCGUACUUUCACUUUGUCAAAUGUCAACAACUUCAAAGUGAAUUCUCCGGCGAGCGGGGGCGGCAAGGCUGGCGAAUACACAAAGGAAGGAGGCUUCCUCGCGUACUAUGAGGUGUGUGAAAUACUCCAAAACGGAGGUGCCUACGUCUGGGAUGAUGAAAUGAAAGUGCCUUAUGCCGUACAUGGUGAUCAAUGGAUUGGUUUCGAUGAUGAGAAAUCUAUCAGGAAUAAAAUGAGGUGGAUCAAAGACAACGGUUUUGGAGGCGCCAUGGUGUGGACUGUAGACAUGGAUGAUUUUAGCGGAACUGUGUGUGGAGGAAAUGUGAAGUACCCGCUUAUUGGUGCUAUGAGGGAAGAACUGCGUGGUAUCUCUAGAGGUAAAGAUGCCAAAGACGUCGACUGGGCUUCCGUUGCCGCCACCGCAGUCAUAGAAGUGACAGAGAAGCCACAACCCAUCAAGAUUAGCCUUUCAGAUGUCCUCAGUAAAGUGAAACGACCGACCAAGACGAUUAUCGUCAAGAACAAUAAUGCUGCUGUCGUCGAUAAGAAUAAGCGUGAACCUCAAAUCUUAUGUUACUUAACAUCGUGGUCUUCAAAGAGGCCAAGUGCUGGUCGCUUCAUGCCCGACAACGUGGACCCAACUCUAUGCACCCACGUUAUCUAUUCCUUCGCCACAUUAAAGGACCAUAAACUAGCAGAAGGAGAUGAAAAGGACGCAGAUAUGUACGACAAAGUCGUUGCAUUGAGAGAAAAGAAUCCUAAUUUGAAGAUCUUACUUGCCAUCGGAGGUUGGGCCUUUGGCUCCACGCCCUUCAAAGAGCUGACAUCCAACGUGUUCAGAAUGAACCAAUUUGUCUACGAAGCAAUCGAGUUCCUCAGGGACUACCAGUUUAAUGGUCUGGAUAUCGACUGGGAAUACCCGAGAGGCGCGGACGACCGAGCAGCCUUCGUGUCUCUGCUGAAGGAAUUGCGUCUAGCCUUCGAAGGUGAAGCGAAAUCAUCAGGCCAGCCUCGUCUUCUCCUAACCGCAGCUGUUCCAGCAUCCUUCGAAGCUAUAGCCGCUGGAUAUGAUGUGCCCGAAAUCUCUAAAUAUUUGGACUUUAUAAACGUGAUGACCUAUGACUUCCAUGGUCAAUGGGAAAGACAAGUUGGACACAACAGCCCGCUUUUCCCGCUAGAGAGCGCCACUAGUUACCAGAAGAAACUUACCGUGGACUAUUCGGCUCGCGAAUGGGUGCGACAGGGUGCUCCUAAGGAGAAGCUGAUGAUCGGAAUGCCGACUUACGGUAGAUCGUUCACACUCAUCAACGACACACAAUUUGACAUCGGUGCGCCCGCGUCUGGUGGAGGUCAAGCGGGACGUUAUACCAACGAGGCUGGAUUUAUGUCCUACUAUGAAAUUUGCGAUUUCCUUCGAGAAGAUAACACUACGCUAGUGUGGGACAAUGAACAGAUGGUACCAUUCGCAUACAGAGAUGAUCAAUGGGUCGGGUUUGAUGAUGAAAGAUCACUGAAGACUAAAAUGGCUUGGCUCAAAGAAGAAGGUUUCGGCGGUAUAAUGGUGUGGUCUAUAGACAUGGAUGACUUCCGAGGUUCAUGCGGAACUGGAAAGUACCCUCUCAUCACAGCCAUGAAGCAGGAACUCGGCGAUUACAAAGUCAGAUUGGAGUAUGAUGGACCAUACGAGACCGCGAUAGGAAGUGGGCAGUACACUACUAAAAAUCCGAACGAAGUAACAUGCGAAGAAGAAGAUGGACACAUCUCCUACCACCCAGACAAAGCGGACUGCACCAUGUACUACAUGUGCGAGGGUGAGAGGAAACAUCACAUGCCGUGCCCCACAAACCUCGUCUUCAACCCCAACGAGAACGUCUGUGAUUGGCCUGAGAACGUCGAAGGUUGCGCGCACCACACGCAAGCGCCGGCGGCUAGACGGUAG